AUGAUGGCUUCAACAAGAGUCUGUUUAUGGCUUUUAUUUAUAAUUAUGACACAAGUAGUCGGAGAAGAUACAGAAUCAAUAAUAAUGUCUUUAAUGAUUAAUUCCAAGUUUCAAUGUGCAAAUACAACUUGUUUAUCAUUCAAUAAUGUUAUUACAUCAAACAUUAGGAAUUGUCAAGUAGCCUGUUUAACUCAAAGUCAAUGCAGAGCAGCAACGUUUCAUCGAUCAACUUCUAAUUGUGAACUAUUUGGUAAUAUCUUGAACCAAAAUGGAAAUAUGUUGGCUGAUGUGGAUACUACAAGUAUGAGUGUUAUUAGUGAAACACGAUUUCCAUCGGGUCAUGGUGGAACAAAACGUCGAUUACAUGCUGCUAUAGCAUUAAUUGGACCACCAUUAGUAGCUAUUCUUGAUGAACCAACAACUGGUGUUGAUCCGAAUGCACGUCAACAAAUGCAAGAAAUCUUUUUAAAUGCUGUUAAAGCUAAAUUAACUAUUAUUUUAACAAGUCAUUCAAUGGAUGAAUGCGAACGUGUUUGUAAUCGUCUUGGUAUAAUGGUUCGUGGUCAAUUAGCUUGUUUAGGUACAAUUCAACAUUUAAAAUCUAAAUUUGGUCGUGGUUAUACAAUUGAAAUCAAAGUUCAUACAAUUCCUGGUGAUACAAAUGCAAUGGUAAUACAAAAUGUUCAAAGAUUUUUAUUAUCACAACGACAAUAUCAAAUUGAAGUUAAAGAAACAACACAUUCAACAGGUUUAUUUCAAUGUGGACAAAGUACACCGGCUGAAUUAUUUCAAUUACUUGAAGAAAAUAAACAACAAUUACAUAUUGAAACAUAUACAAUAUCACAAACAACACUUGAACAGAUAUUUUUAUCGUUUGGAAAACAAAUUCAAACUAGUACAGAUGAAUAA